CUUGACUGUAAUUUCUAACCUCAAGCUUUUAUCAGCUGUGCGGAAUACAUUCAAGGAGGAGGGCGGGUAAUAUUCCCAGCACUUUCGACUUUAGGUUGUUUCCUAUCGGGCCCAAUAUUUCUGAUCGUACGUGUACAUUCUUAAUAAGUAAACGGCGGUUUGUGUGAAUUUAUUCGACGCGAUAGUGAACCUCAAAGCGUUAAAUAGACUUUCUGCUACGAAAAAGCGGGAGUUUUGCGUUCUGUAGCUUUAGCGCCGAAUAGCUUGCCGGGGUAACCGACGUUAAGAUAAAAAUAUCUUGUUACUGUUUACUAUCAAGUCAGCAAUCCAAAUUUCAUAUGAUCCGAAAAGCUUUAUAUUGAUUAUAGACGCGAAUGAUACAUCGUUGCAAGGUUUGCAGUAGCAUUGUCGCGAAUUUCAUCCGGUGUGUGUGGAAAACAAACUGAACUGCCGGCUUGUUGAUGUUAACUGUUACUUUGUUGAGGGGGCGAACCAGUCUCGGCUGCUCUCCCUUUGUUUGGGCUCAGGACUCGGUUGGAAUCCACUGGAGUUCCGUUUAAAACAUCUGAUUCGACCACUAACGCAAUUUUAGGAUGGCUCCACAAAAGCACAGCUCUGGUGGAAAUGGUUUUUAUGCCAGCAACACGGGUAAAGCUGCUAAUGGAGGAGCACACAUAUCAUCCGGUGUUGUGAUGACUACAGUCAAGCGACCCAAGAUGGAGCAGAUCCAAGCCGACCACGAACUCUUUCUACAGGCUUUCGAGAAACCAACUCAAAUAUACAGAUUUCUCCGGACAAGAAAUCUUAUAGCCCCAAUCUUCUUGCACCGAACACUUACAUAUAUGUCACACAGAAACUCAAGAGCAAACAUAAAAAGAAAAUAUUUCAACCUGAAUGAUAUGCUGUUUAAAGUGGAGAAAUUAAGAGUGGAUCAGGAAUUCCAGAACAUGGCUUCAAAUCUGCAGCUGACUUUCACUGGAUUCUUCCAUAAAACUGAGAAGCCAUUGCAAAACUCUGAAAAUGAAGAAAACUCUGUGUCUGUGGAAGUGCUGCUUGUCAAGGUCUGCCAUAAGAAGAGAAAGGAUGUGAGUUGUCCAGUAAAGCAAGUGCCUACAGGUAAAAAGCAGGUGCAUCUUAACCCAGACAACAGUCAAACGAAGUUGGGAACUUUGCCCACACUGGUGGUACCCAGCCAUGAGUUUGAACCCAGCAACAGCCACAUGGUGAAGUCCUACUCGCUUCUGUUCAGAGUGUCUCAUCCAGGAGGGAGAGACAUCAGCGGUGUGACCAGCAGAGAUACCAAUGUUAUUGAAGAGCUGUCUAACAGAAAGAGGAGAUACUUGUCUCAUCAGGAUGAUGCAGAAACUACAUUUGUGGCCCAGAUGACGGUUUUUGAUAAAAAUAGACGACUUCAGCUUUUGGAUGGCGAGUAUGAAGUUUCCAUGCAGGAGAUGGAGGAGAGUCCAGUAGGCAAGAAGAGGGCAACAUGGGAAACCAUAUUAGAUGUGAAGAGGCUGCCACCCUUUGAGACCUUUUCUCAGGGACCGACACUGCAAUUCACUUUGCGAUGGACCAAUGGCAUUGCUGACACAGCACCAGUGGCCAAACCAUUGGCUACACGCAAUUCUGAAUCCAGUGCGUUGGACAACAGCAAACAAAACAACAUAAAGCCUCUACAGGCAGUAGUUAAUGAUCCAGUUGGCAAUGAUCUACCAGUACGAAGAGAACUGACUCAUGUUGAACCUCGUCAGAAACUAAGAGUUUAUUAUCAGUUUCUGUACAACAACAACACACGGCAGCAGACGGAGGCCAGAGAUGACCUCCACUGUCCCUGGUGCACUUUGAACUGCCGCAAGCUCUACAGCCUCCUCAAGCACCUGAAGCUCUCACACAACCGCUUUAUCUUUAACUACGUGCCUCACACUAAAGGAGCCAGGAUAGAUGUGUCGAUUAAUGAAUGCUAUGACGGUUCUUACGUGGGCAACCCUCAGGAUAUUCACUGCCAGCCUGGCUUUGCAUUUAGCCGUAACGGACCAGUGAAGAGGACUCCAGUGACACACUUCCUUGUCUGCAGACCGAAGCGUUCAAAGCCCAGCCUCUCGGAGUUCCUGGAGUCUGAAGAUGGAGAACAGGAGCAGCAGCGAACUUACAUCAGCGGCCACAACCGUCUGUACUUUCACAGCGAUAGCUGUGUGCCACUCAGACCACAGGAAAUGGAGGUGGACAGUGAGGACGAAAGGGACCCAGAGUGGCUCAGGGAAAAGACCGCUAUGCAAAUUGAGGAGUUCACGGAUGUCAACGAGGGCGAGAAAGAGGUGAUGAAAAUGUGGAACCUGCACGUAAUGAAACAUGGAUUCAUAGCUGACAACCAAAUGAAUCAGGCCUGCAUGUUGUUUGUGGAGCAGCACGGCGCUUUUAUUAUCAAGAAGAGUUUGUCCCGAAACAUUCUGCUCCAUCUAAUCAGCAUGCAUGACUUUGGCUUAGUCAAUACUGUCACCAUAGAUAAAGCCAUGACUUACCUCCGAGAUUUAAAACAGCAAAACGAUAUCCAAGAGCAAUCUCAAGACAAUGACACUAAUCGUCCUGCCAACGAUGCUGGUCCCGGUGGCGAUGGAGAUGUCAACGUAUCAAACCCAGUCAAGAAUGAAGAUCUAUGAAACCUACCAGUGAUUGAUUCAUUUCACAAUCUGCAUUGAAUUUGGUGUUGGUGGGCUUAACAUGGCCCCUGGAUGUGAGAGCCCACACAUUCUGCACAGGCACUGAGUUAAAGGUGAUGUAGAGUUAGUAAGGGGUUGUGUGGUUCAAUGGUGCCAUGAUUAUAAUCUACAGAUUGGGAUUUUUGGCCCGAACCAUCCGUUGUGAAAAGCAAUUUUUAUCUAGAUGUGAAUUACUUGAAGAUGUCAUAAGUCUUUGUGAUGGACUACAUUAGCGGGUAAUUUCAAAAAUCACAGUUUUUCCCCACACAACCCUGUAGCUCUAGCAAAUUUUUAGCACUUGUUUUAGGUGCCCGUUUUUAAAAAGAACUAUGAAAGAUUUUUUUAAUAUAUUUUGAAUAUCGAUGGGUUAAACGGCUCCUGCAAGCUUGCUUUUAUUGUACAUUUCUUUUUACAGGGGUUGGUGCGUUCAUUCUGAAAACUUGAACUUUUUAGUUUCGCCUGUGUAUAGAUUUUUUUUUGUGGGUAGUUUUUCCAACAUUUCUUUUUGACACUGUGGUUUGUGCCACCCCUAGAUAUCAUUUUCGUUUUAUUUUUUGCAAUUCAUCUGGACCAAAGUUUUAUUGGUCUGUUCUUGGUGACUAAAGUGAAAUGAUCCACAUUAACAUUGAAGCACACGUGAAGACUUCACACGACUCGGAUCGAGGAAUGACGUCAGGAUGGUCACUGCUGCGGGUUGAUAAGUUUGCCGAGCCUUAACAUUAACAGUUGUGCUGACCUUGCAACAGAAAUGCAUACAGGUACAGGGUACCAAAAAUGUUUGAAAUGUUUACACAUGCCUUACCCAUGAACACAUGGUUUCUUAAGCAGGGUUUGAAUCUUUGGUGCGAAUUUAUGCAUUUAUAGAUUGCUGUGCCUAAAGCACUGCUUUCAUUCACUGUUUGUAUCGUUUCAGUGACAAUGUACUGCACACAUCACUGUGUCCAGUCACAACAAAAUGCAUUAAGUUUAUCACCAUGCAUCUACUCUGCAUAGUCCUUACGCUUGCAUUUCCUUUGGAUCGGUUGGUCCCUGGUGCCCAUUCGUUUGAAUUUGCUUUCACAUGUUUUCGAGCGAAACCUGUUGUACUGUAUAUAAGUUUAGUAAAAUGACAUGGCUUUGCGGAAGGUUAUUAUAUUAAGAUUAUUUUAGACCAAAGUAAAAUGGCUACAAUUUUUCUCUAGUUUUCUUAAAGUUUGAACAUAAGAUAUGUAUGUCCUCAUAGUUGUUGUUAUUUUUGUCUUUGUGUAUGCAUCUGAUUUAAUAGAAGGGGGUGUUUUUAAUCAAUCUUUCCUGCUUUGCUGAAACUGCACUGGUUAAAAAAUGGGAAUCAUUUUUGAUAAAUGUUGGAAAUCAAUUACUAGAUGAAGGGGUUUACCUUACUGCAAUUACAUAGUGCUCCCAAUAUUUGCAUACAAAGACCAGCAUCAGUUACACAUGAUGUUGUUUCAUAUAAACCAAUGUCAAAAAAAGAAACUUAUAUCACCAAUAUGAUACAAACAUAAAACCAGCUUGUUCAGUCUGUGAAUUAUGCUGAUACAAGUGUUUGAGGUUGUUCUCUAUUUAAAAUAAAGACUUGUUUUUCCACAGUG